AUGUUUUUUGGGUCGCGUUCGAAACAGGAUCCUGUUCCGUUUCCUUAUGAAUGUACCAGCGUCAAUUUGAAUCAACUCAAACACUGCUUUAACGGUGCAGAUUUCACGUAUGCAAAAUAUCCAGUUUCGUCAUCACAAAACGACAGCAGCAGACCGGUGGCUAGGGCGCGUGUGCUGAUAGUGCAUGGUUUCAACGAGCAUGUGCUGCUGUAUAGUCGUCUUAUGGACUACCUCAGUCGGGCAGGUAUCGAAACUUUCAUUUUCGACCAAAGAGGGUCCGGCACCACGUCCACAGGGAAGCUAAGAGGCGUGACAGACGAAAUGCAUACGUUUCGCGACCUGGACCAUUUCAUCGAGUGGAAUUUGCAGGACAAGGCCGAACAAACUGGUCUGUUUCUGUUUGGCCAUUCCAUGGGCGGUGGGAUUGUUCUGAACUACGGAUGCAGCGGGAAAUUCAAAGACCAAAUUGCUGGAAUCGUGUGCACGGGGCCCUUGGUCACGCUGCAUCCACACACGGCGCCCAUGGCCAUUGUGAGCCUUCUUUCUCCGCUGCUGGCGAAACUUUUGCCGCGAUUUCGCAUCGACACGGGACUCGACCUGGACGCGACCACUUCCGACGAGCGGUAUCGCGAGUUUUUGAGCCGUGAUCCUCUGACCGUUCCGCUGUACGGCUCGCUGCGGCAGAUCUACGAUUUUCUGGAGCGUGGCAAACGGCUUGUGCGCGACAAAAGCUAUGUGUCCCAGUUGCAAACGCCGAUUUUGAUUUUCCACGGCCAGGAUGACAAAAUCAAUGAUCCUGCGGGGUCUCAGAAAUUCUUUGAUCUUUGUACUCUGUCCGAUAAACACUUGAAACUUGUUCCCAACGCCCGGCACUCGCUGUGUCUGGAGACAGAUCCGAUUUUCGAAGAAAUGGUUGAGAAAAUGCAGGAAUGGGUUUUCGAGCACUCUGUACACAGUGCAACUGAUUAG